AUGGGGUCGAAAACACCAACCUCACCGAACGGGCCUGCGCCAACCCGUCCUCGCCUGCAAGCUAUCAACCAGAACUUCACAGACGUGAACGAGCAGGUCGAGCAGGCCGCACACAUCAUCGGCCUCCCGCACAACUGGGCGGCGAGCAAGCGCGAAGAACGCGCCAGAACCACCGCAACCCUCGUCCGAGCGAGAGCAGAAUGGGUCCUGCGCUGGGCACUCGACAAGCUGAAGGACGAGGCAGCCGUGGGAAGGGCCGCUCGAGGCACCGUCGCCCUGUGGGAGCUCUUGGUCUGGAUGCUGGACGUCUUACCCGUCUCGCGCAGUGCCCCCCACCUGCGCGACGCUGCCUUCCCUGCCAUCCUCGAGCGAACGCUGGUCGAGCACUUCGACCAACUCCUGCCUCCACCUGCCUCUGACGAUGUUGAGAUGAGCGAUGUGUCUGGCUCAAGCGAGACCCUGGCCGACGCCUCCAAGCCCUUCAAGCCCUCCAAGCCCUCCAAGCCCUCCAAGAAGCGAAAGCGCGGAGCAGCCGCCGCGACUGCCUCCACCGGGCGAACACGCCUCGCACCCUCCGAGCUUCAGAAGCUGUUCCUCACCGUCAGAACGGUGCUCCACUCUAUCGCGGCCUUGACCAUCGCGCAGGGCCAGGGCGAGGACACGGUCCAGGCCGAGCUCAUGAAGGUCGUGCUGCGGACUGAGAGCGCACAAGCCGCGAGUAUACUGAAGAACUGGCUGGCCGCAGUCGAGAAGCUUCUCGCUCUGGCUGCCUCCACUUCAGACAACAAGCACGUUGAGGAACUGCUGGAUUUGUCUCUGGUGGUGGACAUCUGGGAGCUGCGCACAGUUGCUGCGAACGACGAGGCUGGCUCUUCUGCUGAUGACUUCUCCACACAGUGUCUUGUGCCCGCUCUGACGCUCCUCAACACUUUCGACGCGUUGCGCUCCGUACAUCCGGACCAGUCCGUGACGUCUUCCACAGACCGCGCAACACAGACCAUCGAAAAGCUCCUGGCGAGGCAUCUCUUCGCCUCAGCCAGAGCUGCCUUCCUUGCUGAUGCAGACAAGGCCACCGAGAACACCAGCAAAUACCAUGAGGCAGCACUACUCACCAGCAAUUUAGCACCUCUACGCGCGAAGCUCGUCCAGCUCGCUCAGAUCGAGGAGGAUGGCGAGUCUGUUCCGGCUGACCUGGCAGCGCUGUCUGGCGCAUCGUCGCAACUUCUGAGCCUGGCCAUUCGCAUAUCGCCAUCUAGGACGCCGAGGAGCAAGCUGGCUGAGAAGCCAUGGAUUGAGGCUGUCUUCGUAGCACUCGUUGAAUGCGCUGGAUGUUCAAUGACAAAGCCGCCCGAAUUUUUCACGCCCAAGACCGCCAUCGAGGUGCUUGUCAAUGCCAUUGAAAUUCUGCAAGCGCAGAGCGUGACUGUCAGGUCUGAUAUUCUGAAAGACUUGUUUUGGUACCAUUCCGGUAUCAAGUAUCCUCUUGAGAAAGACAAGCAGGUGCACUGGUCGCUUAUAGCUGCCCUGAUUGAGCUCGACCCGAGUGUCUUCGUGACAGAGCCAAAGGGCCUCACAGGACCCUCCAAAGCUCAGCAGACAGAUCUUGCGCAGGUCGUCUUUGAGGAAAUAUCCAAGGCUCAGUUUCAAGGGCCGGGCUUCGUUCAAGAAGUCGGCGAAAAGACAGUCGGCGAGCAAAUCUCGAAGAGCCAUGAUGAACCCCAGAUCAGUAGAACCAUCAUAUUGGAGCGCAUUGUCGUCCCGUUGAUGUCUGGCUUUGCAAAGAACCGCAACCUGCUUGGCUUCCUCCGUCGCUGGGACGAACAGCUCGUGAAGAGCUACAGGCAUGAGAAUCGCAAAGCUCUCAAAGAAUGUAGUGAUCUAGUCUGGGAAGACCGCGCUAUUUACCAGGCUCUUGCGCAGCGUUUCGAGCAGUCCUUGACCCAAGGCCAAAUCGCAGCUCUGCUGCAAGAGCACAUCCAGCGCAUGGACGAUCUCAGCAGCGCUCUGACUACCCAAGCCCAGCAAGACGUCAAUGUGAAGAAGCUCGCUGCCUACAAGAGAGCUAUGAGUACUGCAGUCAUCGUGCCAGCUAUCCUCCAAUCUAUAGCCUCUGACGACGUCAUUGCAGCGCUCAAGGCACAGUUGCUCUUGCUGCUGCACUCCUAUUCGACCUUGGUCCGAGAUGAUCGCUACAUCCUUCACACACGGCUGUCACUUUCGUGGCUUACUCUGUGUCAGCUAGUAUCCAAAUUGUGGCCAAUCGAGCUGCAUGGCUCGGUAGAGCAGCAGGAAGAGUUAUUGUCGCCAUUGAUCGAGCAAUCUCUGAAUGAUGUGUCUGCAGCAGGCAGCAAACGUGUUGAUUCUCCUACAAGAGCGGCGGCCAUGCUGUUCUUGCUCGACGUCUGUGAUCAUUUGCAGACACUGCCUGGUUCCGAGGAUCUCAUCCGACCCAGUCUGGCCAAGGUUCUUCAAAUCCUUUCUAGCGGCAGUCUUGCCUCAACCGAGCACGCCAGGAUGGUCGAUUUCUUUUGUGCAGACUUUGUUCAGCUAUUCGGGCAUUUGGAUGCUGCAGCCUCUGAACGCUCAUUGAUGCAGCUCUUGACAGCCGUAUCAAGUUUGAACGACAUGGCGAGCACUGUCGCCAGCCAGUCAUUGGCUCAAGCCAUCUUUGAGCAGGGAGGCUCGAUGUUGCAAGAUGCCUUUGUCGCUGGACUACUUGAGCUCAUGGGCCAAGACGACGACCGCAUGCACCGUCUGGCAAUUGUCUCUUACAAUUUUGUUCGGCCCACUGCCCUCUCGAGAGAGAAGCGAGAGGCGGUGCUGGACCAGUUGACGAAUCUCCUUGCAUCCGGUUCACGAGACGUUGCGGGCGUCCUCAGUAUCAUGGUACAGCUCAUGGAUGCGUCCAAUGCCACAGCGAGGAUUUCUAGCGACGGUGCUGUACUCUUCGAAAUCGCUGAGCAGCUGACGAAGCAAGGUCCUGUGUUGCCCGCAACCCUCCAGCUGCUCCAACAGCUUGCCCAAGCCGCUCUCGGCCAGGUCGCUUCCAAUCAGAGCCAGUCGCAAAACAUGAUCUACCUGGGCAAGUUCAAGGGCAAGCUUGAUUCUGUUGCAAGCAAAGGCAAGCGGUGCUCGGCAGCCAGUCUAGCCAUUCUGCGCGCCGUCGUUGCUGUACAGAAGCAGAACACCCUGCUCCAACCCAAGCAGUAUGUGUUGGUGCUCAAGACAUGCCUGACCGACGACUCGACAAACGACAAUGCUUCGUCGCUUAAAGACGUCAUCGAUGCGUUCAACGAGCUACCCACGGCCGCUCUUGCGGAGGCCAAGCUCUUGGACUCCACCCAAGCCUGGUUGCGUACCUGGAUCAAUGACAAUGCAGAUCUCGAAUCCUACAUGGUCACUGGUGGUCAAGGUCCCAUCGAACUGGCUGAGUAUGUCGCACGCUUGCACACCACGGUGGCAAAGUUCAAGCUUUAUCCAAACACUGAGUGGCUGGUUAGUUUCACACUCAAAUGCCUGCGCGAGCCGGUAUCUGAGCAGUGCAAGAUGACCACAACAACCACAAUCAAGGGCGUCUUCAAUCAACUUCCUGUAUUCGAGAAGCUAGACCUCGUCCAGACUCUGACCAAUCCGACCGAUCCUCUCGACCUUGCAUCGUCUUAUCGGCUUCUCAGCACCCUGAUCUCGACCUUCGAAGACCGCUACGAAUCCAACAUCGAGCUGAAAAACAACCAACUCGUAAUUCUCCCAAAGCUAUGCGCCCUGCUCACUAGCACCGCAGACCUCACCGGUUUCAACGCUCUUCUCACAUCCGUGAAUACGAUCCUCUCCACCACUCCGUCUCUUGCAACACAACACUCCAUCGAGACGACGCUUUCCGCCAUCUCAACCCUGACCUCGCGCUCCUCUCCCGCUCUCCCGGCUUCUCACGCACCCGCCAUCUAUACCAGACUCUGCGAAACCAUACGCCUCAUCCUGCUCCUGCACCGCGGACGUCUGGGCGGAAGAUUCCACAUCCUCCUCCCGCUGCUACAGAAUCUGUUGUUCCUGCUAUUCACACCGCAUUCCGGGCGCGGCGCGCUACCAUUGUGGCUCAAAGGCCCCAACGCCGCAGCCCUGACGCCAGCCAACGGUGCCACGUUCGGCAGGGUGCUAGCAACGCUGUGCAACCCCCCGCAGAGCUCAAUCCAAAAGACGCACGCCGGGCAGGGCAAGACAAGCAAGAACCUCAACGACCCCGUCAAAGCCGCGCGAGAGAAGACGAGCACAUUCCUCUACCCGCUGCUGGCUAGCUACUGCCGCUUCCAGCUCAGCGGACGCCUCGAGGCCGGCGUCAGGGAGAAGGUCAUGCCUGGCAUCUGGGAGGUGGUGGGCACGGCGAGCUUGAGCCGCGAUGGGCUCGACGCCAUGUUUGCGGGUUUGGGCAAGAGCGAGCGGGAUGUUUGGAGAGGUGUGUGGGGCGAGUGGGAGCGUGUGCAUGGGCGGAAGGAUUUGCUGAGUGGUGAUGCCGUGUAG